CGCAGCCGCGGGGCGGCCGCCGCGCAUGCGGGGCUCACACGGCUGCAGCCGGCGCCGCUGCCACUCCCGGGAGCAUGAAGGACCGAACCCAGGAGCUCCGCACGGCCAAGGACAGCGACGAUGACGAUGACGUCACAGUCACCGUGGACCGAGACCGCUUCAUGGAUGAGUUCUUUGAGCAGGUGGAGGAGAUCCGAGGCUUCAUUGACAAGAUCGCAGAGAACGUGGAGGAGGUGAAGCGGAAGCACAGCGCCAUCCUGGCCUCCCCCAACCCUGACGAGAAGACCAAGGAGGAGCUGGAGGAGCUCAUGUCCGACAUCAAGAAGACUGCGAACAAAGUUCGGUCCAAGUUGAAGAGCAUCGAACAGAGCAUCGAGCAGGAGGAGGGCCUGAACCGCUCGUCCGCAGACCUGAGGAUCCGGAAGACACAGCACUCCACGCUGUCCCGAAAGUUUGUGGAGGUCAUGUCGGAGUACAACGCCACGCAGUCUGACUACCGCGAGCGCUGCAAGGGCCGCAUCCAGAGGCAGCUGGAGAUCACGGGCAGGACCACCACCAGCGAGGAACUGGAGGACAUGCUGGAGAGUGGGAACCCUGCGAUCUUUGCCUCCGGGAUCAUCAUGGACUCCAGCAUCUCGAAGCAAGCUCUGAGCGAGAUCGAGACCCGGCACAGUGAGAUCAUCAAGCUGGAGAACAGCAUCCGCGAACUGCACGACAUGUUCAUGGACAUGGCCAUGCUCGUCGAGAGCCAGGGUUUUCUUCUGGGGCCCUCUCCUGAGCCCCCUCCUUGAAGAGGGAGCCCUCUGGAGUUUGGAUGCCCCUGGCCCUACAGGGGGAGAUGAUUGACAGGAUCGAGUACAACGUGGAGCAUGCAGUGGACUACGUGGAGAGGGCCGUGUCUGACACCAAGAAGGCCGUCAAGUACCAGAGCAAGGCGCGCCGGGUCAGUAGCCAGCACCCGUUGGUGCCUGGGCCCAUCCCACACCCUUCCCAUCCUGCAGCUUCCAGGGGUUCCCUGCCCCCACCAAGCUCCUUCACCUCCCGUUACUACACACUCCAGGCUGUCGCCCUUGCCCUUGGCUCUCCCAGAUCCUCUGGCCCUCAACCCUCUUUCUAGCCCCUCUCCAGCGAUGACUGCUCCAUAGUAGCCUCCACGCUCCAGCUGAGGCUCUCCCCCCGCCUCUUGCAGAAGAAAAUCAUGAUCAUCAUCUGCUGUGUGAUCCUGGGCAUUGUCAUCGCCUCCACCUUUGGGGGCAUCUUUGGAUAGAAGCCACCCACCUGCCACUCCACUCUGGACGGGCCAUCCCGAGCAGGCCCUGGCUGCUGCUGCCUGGCUGGGCCGCCCUCCCACCCGCCUCCUGGCUCGGAGCCCCCUCCCUCCACCUGUCCUGCCCCUCUCUGCCCUGGGCUUCCCUCUCCCCUCUCUGCCCUGAGCCGUGUCGUGUGCAUGAUAUUUGUGACAGUGUGUGUCUGUAGAGGCGGCAGAGGGGAGCAGGGCAGGGAACAGCUGGGGGCCAGGAAUGGGACUGUGGGGGAAGAUGCAGGUCCUGCCAGGCUAGCCAGCUGCCACAGGCCAUGAGGCCUGGGAUCUAGGCUGCUUCUGAACCCCAACCUUGCUUCCACCUCAGCUGACCAUCUUCCCUAUCCUCUGGGCUCUCCAGUUGCUCUCCCAGCCAAGCCCCCUGAAGGGUGGGGACCAGCUGACCACAUGGUGCUGCUUUUUGGGUUAGGGGAGGGGUUCCCUCGGGGGAUGGCCCAGCACUAGGCCUCUACUUGCUGACCACUGCCAGGAGGCUCGGGGCUAUGGCUGCUGGCCUGCCGAGACCAGGCCCCGUCAGUGAGGCAAAGCUCGGCAGGUCCUCAGCCUCAGCCUCAGCCUCAGCCUCCCUUCACACAGCCCCCGGACCUGGGAGCAAUUUCGUUGGGCAAGACCUGACCCCAGGUGACCCACGGGAAGAGGAUGGCUGGUGCCCAGUUUCCAGGGGCCCUCAGAGCUGGGAAGGCCCUGGCCUCUCCCUGUGAAGGCUGCAGCGUGGGCUGGCCACCGUACCAAUGGGCCUCAUCAGCUGGGACCUCAAGCCAGCCUGCAUGUUGGAGACAGCAGUUCCUGCUUUCCUGUUCCCAGAACCAGACGUCACUUCAGCCCUGCAGGCUCACCCUGCCCUUGCCGUCCCCACUGAUGUGCCACAUGGUGUCAGGGUCCCAGAUGCAGUAUUCAGCAGCCAGCCAUGGAGGGCUCCCUCCCUCCCCUGCCAUCUUGGGGCUUCAAGUCAGAAACAUGCCCCCAGAUCCCCUUCUUGUGGACCGGCAGGGAGUGUGCAUGCGAGUGCAUGCAGCAGGGACGGGUUGUGCGGGGUGCCCGCGUCCCUCGGCUUUGCUCCUGCCCAGUGACUGUGACCACUGUCCGUGUUGCCUUCUUGAACUGCGGCUUCUCCUCCACCCCUUCACCAAAGGUCUUGGUACAACCAGCUGCCCAUUUUGUGAACUUUUUAUGUAGAAUAAACAUUUGUAUCUGUA